AGAAAUCAUGUAUAUACUGCACACAAGAUCCCCUUCAAAUUCUACUCUCUCCCGCACCCAUUUACUUACUCUGCAAGCUUGGUUCAUGUUCAACAAUGGCCGAAAUCGUGGUCGCAGAGCCCAGCAUUGCAAGUACUAGCAAUACGCAAACUAAUGGUCGAGGAGGGUAUGGUAGUAACAAUAAUGGGGCGAAAUCCUUUUAUAUGAAAUCGAUUACUUCUGGACGUGAUUACGUUCCUGAACCAUUUGAUUCUGAGAAAUUGCCAGUCACUUUGAGAUCAGAAAUUCAGAGGUUCCUUCGUGUUGCCAAUUUGAUAGACGCCCAAGAGCCUCGUGUUGCAUGUUUAUGCCGUUUUCAUGCUUUUGUUGUUGCACAUGAUUUGGAUCGUAAUUCAAGAGGGCGUGGGGUACGACAGUUCAAAACUGCUCUUCUUCAACGACUUGAACAGGAUGAAGUAGUUACUUACAGAAAAAGGAAAGAAAAGAGCGAUGUACGUGAAGUCAGACGUGUUUAUCGUGAAUACAAAGAUUACAUCAUCAAACAUGGAGGAGAAAGUACUUUGGAGAACAGGGACGCCUUAAUUAAAGCUGGUGCAAUUGCUGCUGUGUUAUAUGAAGUAUCAAAUACACUCACUAAAGCUGCUGGCACACAGGGAAAUGCUGAUAAUGAUGUUAAUCGAAGAUCCGAAUUCUAUGAUUUUAACAUUCUUCCCCUUGAUCAAGGAGGUGUUCAUCAAGCAAUCAUGCAACUCACUGAGAUUAAAGCUGCAGUUGCAGCUGUUCGUAAUGUUGAAGGGAUACCAUUUAUUGAAGAGUUCACCAAUCAAAAGCCUCAUUUUGAUUUGUUCGAUUGGCUCCAAAAUUCAUUCGGAUUUCAGAAAGGAAAUGUUGCUAAUCAGAGGGAACAUUUGAUUCUACUUCUUGCAAACAUGCAUAUUCGGCGAAGUAAUAAACUAGCAAAUACAUCAAAGUUAGCAGAUGGUGUUCUAGAUGACCUGAUGAAGAAGUUCUUCAAGAAUUACACAGAAUGGUGUAAAUUCUUAGAGAAAAAAAACAGCAUAAGGUUGCCAUUAUCAGAUCCAGAAGCACAACAAUACAAAGUUCUGUAUAUAGGACUUUAUCUUCUUAUAUGGGGUGAGGCUGCUAAUGUGAGGUUCAUGCCAGAGUGCCUUGCAUACAUUUUUCACCAUAUGGCAUAUGACAUGCAUAGCAUGUUGAUGGGUGCCACCAUUUUAUCUACUGAUGGAACCUUCACCCCUGCAUAUGGUGGUGGGCCCGAGUCUUUUCUAAAUAAUGUUAUCACCCCAAUAUACGAGGUUAUUCGUGAGGAAGCUAAGAAAAACCAAAAUGGGAUGACUGAUCAUUCGACAUGGAGAAACUAUGAUGAUUUGAAUGAGUUCUUCUGGUCUCCUGAUUGUUUCCAACUAGAAUGGCCUAUGAAUAAAGAGCAUGACUUCUUUUAUGUAGACUUUUGUGAGGAUCCCAAGAGAAAAAACAAUAAGGGCUCAGAUAAACUAAAGACAGAAAAGAAGACAGAAGAGAACGAUGAAGAAAUGGAGCUUAAUAAAGAUGAUGAGUCUACAGAAGAGCAACCAAAGCCAAAGGAGAAAAAAUGGUUAGGAAAGACAAAUUUUGUUGAGUUUAGGUCAUUUUGGCAUGUUUUCAGAAGCUUUGAUAGAAUGUGGGCUUUUCUUAUUCUAUCUCUUCAGGCGAUGAUAAUUAUGGCAUGCCAUGAUCUGAAUUCACCAUUACAGAUGUUUGAUACACCCAUACUUGAAGAUAUUAUGAGCAUCUUUAUCACAUCUGCAGUUCUUAAACUAGUUCAAGCUGUUCUUGAUAUUGUGUUUACAUGGAAAGCCAGAUCCAUGAUGGAUGAAUCAAGAGCCAGAAAGCAUAGUUUGAAGGUGAUGAUUGCAGCAAUGUGGACUAUCUUGUUACCCAUAUUUUAUUCAAAAAGUAGAAGAAAGUACACUUGUUAUUCAUCACAAGAUGGAAGCUUGUUUGGAGAGUGGUGUUAUUCUUCAUAUAUGAUUGCAGUUGGAUUCUAUUUGAUGUCUAAUGCAGUCAAUAUGAUCCUCUUUUCUGUUCCUGCAAUUGGUCGAUACAUUGAAACCUCAAACUCAAAGAUUUCUUCACUUCUCUCUUGGUGGACUCAGCCUAGAUUAUAUGUGGGAAGAGGGAUGCAAGAGUCUCAGUUCUCCCUUUUGAAGUACAGUUUAUUCUGGAUGUUGUUGUUAUUAAGCAAAUUGACAUUUAGCUACACCUUUGAGAUAAAGCCACUCAUAGGACCAACAAGGCAAAUUAUGAGCCUUGGAAUUACAAAGUAUGACUGGCAUGAGCUUUUCCCAAAAGUCAAGAACAAUGCUGGUGCUAUUGCUGCUAUCUGGACUCCAGUCAUAUUGGUGUAUUUCAUGGACACCCAGAUUUGGUACUCUGUUUUCUGUGCAAUCUUUGGAGGACUUUAUGGAAUCUUGCAUCAUCUUGGAGAGAUUCGUACAUUAGGUAUGAUGAGAAGUAGAUUUCAAGAUUUACCUUUGGCCUUCAUGAAUUCUCUAAUCCCACAUCCUACAAAAACCGAUAAACAUCUAAACAGGAAAUCUUUCAUAAGGGAGAUGUUUCAAAAGCUGUCUGAAAGACAAAUGAGGAAUGGUCUUGUUAAGUUUGUUGUUGUAUGGAAUGAAAUCAUUAACAGCUUUCGUGAGGAGGAUCUCAUAAGUAAUAGAGAGGUUGAAUUGAUGAAGAUGCCUUUAUCACACGAUUUACUUUCUGGCCUUGUUUGUUGGCCUAUUUUCCUCCUAGCAAAUCAGUUGCCAGUUGCCUUGUCUAUUGCAAAGGACUUUGUAGGGGAAGAUGCAAAUCUUUCCAAAAGAAUCAGAAGAGAUGUCUACAUGUAUAUUGCAGUAAAAGAAUGUUAUGAUUCACUGAAAGAUGUUCUUGAUAUUCUAGUUGUUGGAGACAUGGAGAGAAGAGUCAUAUCUGGGAUAGUUAAUGAGAUUGAAGAAAGCAUGUGGAAAUCAACCUUCCUUAAGGAUUUCGAUCUAAGUGAGCUUCUAACUCUACAUGCUAAAUGCAUCAAUUUAGUUGAACUUCUGGUUGAAGGCAAUGAGAAUCAUCAUACUAAAGUUGUGAAAGUGCUGCAAGAUAUUUUUGAGAUCAUAACAAACGAUAUGAUGAAAAACAGAUCCAGAACACUGGAUUCCAUGAAUACUUAUCAAGAUACUGAAGGAUGUUUAACAACAUACUUUAGUGAACCCGAACCACAACUAUUUGCAUCAAGGCAUUCAAUCCAUUUCCCAUUGCCAGAUAGCGAUUCUCUUAAUCAGAAGAUCAAGAGAUUCCUUUUGCUGCUUACAAUCAAAGAUGCAGCCAUGGAUAUACCUUCAAACCUGGAUGCAAGAAGGCGUAUAUCGUUUUUUGCAACUUCUCUAUUCAUGGAUAUACCUCGAGCUCCAAAAGUCCGCAACAUGCUAUCUUUCAGUGUUUUGACUCCACAUUUGAAGGAAGAAGUUAAAUUCUCUACAAAGGAGCUGAACGCAAGCCAAGAUUAUGUAUCCAUCGGCUUCUAUAUGGAGAAAAUAUUUCCAGAUGAGUUGCAAAACUUCCUGGAAAGAAUGGGGGUUGAAACCAUGGAGGAGCUAGAUGAUCAUGGCAAGGAGGAACUUAGAGACUGGGCUUCUUUUCGUGGGCAGACUUUGAGCAGGACAGUUCGUGGGAUGAUGUAUUACCACAAGGCGCUAAAGCUGCAAGCUUUUCUUGACAAGGCUGAAGAUGAUGAUAUUCUUCAAGGUUAUGAGACAAUUGAAAGAGGGAACGACACGUUAAACGCUCAUCUGGAUGCAUUAGCAGACAUGAAAUUUACUCAUGUUGUGUCUUGUCAGUUAUUCGGGUCACAGAAAACAUCAGGGGACCCACAGGCACAAGAAAUCAUUGAUCUUAUGGUAAGGUAUCCUUCACUACGUGUGGCUUAUGUUGAAGAGAGGGAAGAACCGGUUGACAAUAAGCCCAUAAAGAUUUACUCAUCCGUUUUAGUCAAAGCAGUCAACGGGUUUGACCAGGAGAUAUAUCGGGUGAAGCUACCAGGACCACCUAAUAUUGGAGAAGGGAAACCUGAAAAUCAAAACCAUGCCAUAAUUUUUACUCGUGGUGAAGCUCUACAAGCCAUAGAUAUGAACCAAGAUAACUAUCUGGAAGAAGCCAUCAAAAUGAGGAAUCUCCUACAAGAAUUUCUACCAAGACUCGGAAAAACUCCCAAGAUACUUGGUCUAAGGGAACACAUAUUCACUGGAAGUGUUUCUUCUUUAGCAUGGUUCAUGUCUUACCAAGAGACUAGUUUUGUGACAAUUGGUCAAAGGCUCCUAGCAAACCCUCUCAAGAUUAGGUUCCAUUAUGGGCAUCCAGAUCUUUUUGACAGAAUCUUUCACCUAACAAGAGGUGGCAUAAGCAAAGCUUCAAAGACAAUUAACCUGAGUGAAGACAUUUUUGCAGGAUAUAAUACUACAUUACGGCGUGGACAUAUUACAUACCAUGAGUACAUACAAGUUGGUAAAGGGCGUGACGUCAGCUUGAACCAGAUCUCAAAGUUUGAAGCCAAAGUUGCGAAUGGGAAUAGCGAACAAGUUCUUAGCCGCGAUAUCUACCGACUCGGACGCCGAUUUGACUUUUUCCGCAUGCUUUCCUGUUACUUCACAACAGUCGGCUUCUACUUCAGCAGCCUGAUAUCUGUAAUUGGAAUUUACGUAUUCUUAUACGGGCAGCUCUACCUCGUGCUAAGUGGUUUAGAAAAGGCAUUACUUCUGGAAGCCAAAGUGCACAACAUUCGGUCAUUAGAAACCGCAUUAGCAUCCCAAUCAUUUAUUCAACUUGGAUUAUUGACAGGAUUACCCAUGGUAAUGGAAAUCGCACUCGAAAGAGGAUUUCUCAGCGCCCUUAAAGAUUUUGUUCUAAUGCAACUCCAACUUGCUGCUGUUUUCUUCACCUUUUCUCUCGGGACCAAAACCCAUUAUUUUGGCCGAACCAUACUUCACGGCGGUGCAAAAUACCGACCCACGGGUCGAAAGGUUGUGGUCUUUCACGCGAGUUUCACCGAAAACUACAGAUUAUACUCACGCAGUCAUUUCAUGAAAGGAUUCGAGCUCUUACUACUUCUAAUAGUUCAUGACAUCAUCAGGAGAGCGUAUCGAAACAACAUGACGUAUGUAUUGACUACAUACGCCAUCUGGUUCUUGUCGUUGACUUGGUUGUUUGCGCCUUUUCUGUUCAAUCCUUCGGGUUUUGAUUGGGGGAAGAUUGUUGAUGACUGGAAGGAUUGGAAUAAGUGGAUUAAACAACAGGGUGGAAUCGGAAUCCAGCAAGAUAAGAGUUGGCAGUCUUGGUGGUAUGAUGAACAAGCUCAUCUUAAGCAUUCGGGGUGGGGGUCCCGCAUUAUUGAGAUUCUUCUUUCAUUGCGCUUCUUUAUUUACCAAUAUGGUCUCGUCUACCAUCUUGAUAUUGCCGGGUCCAAUAAAACCGUUGUUGUUUAUGUCCUUUCCUGGGUUGUCAUAGUCGUCAUUUUCCUCUUAAUCAAGGUUGUAAAUGUGGGGAGGCAUUAUCUCAGUGAUAACUAUCAGCUUUCAUUCAGGCUGUUCAAAGCUUCUCUUUUCCUAUCUGUUAUAGCAACCAUAAUCACUCUUUCAUACAUCUGUCAGCUAUCUGUAAAGGAUUUGAUCGUUUGUUGUUUCGCGUUUCUACCAACUGGAUGGGGGCUGAUACUAGUUGGUCAAGCAUUCAGGCCAUUGAUUCAGGGCACGGUUUUGUGGAAAUUCACACGGCUUUUUGCCCAAGCUUAUGAUUUCGGUAUGGGAGUUGUUCUUUUUACACCCAUUGCUUGUUUGGCAUGGCUUCCUAUCAUUUCAGCAUUCCAGACUCGGUUUCUUUUCAACAGAGCUUUCAGCAGGAGACUGCAGAUUCAACCUAUUCUUAAAGCCAAAAAGAAACACGCAUAACUUAUCUUGCAUUCAAAAUUCUGUGUACAUGAUUAUAUAUAUAUAUAUAUAUAUAUAUAUAUAUAUAUAUAUAUAUAUAUAUAUAUAUAUAUAUAUAUAUAUGUAUGUAUUCAAUACCGUAUCACAUCAUAGUAUAGUGCACAUAACGACCAUUCUGUAAGAAAUAAUUAAAUUACAUAUCAAUGAUAGAUGAGAUAAUCUUUCAAAAGCCUAGAACUUUGAGGGUAUUGAUAUUGCACACCAUGUGUUCGAUGAA